UGUGUGUGUGCUUGUGCGUGUGCGUGUGUAGAGUAUAGUGUGUUGUUAAUGUCGGUAAGAAGACAGAGCCGGUCGGUCGUGUGUAUUGGUGGUGCGCUCACAGUAAUAAUAAUAUUAUAAAUCUUCUCGCGUCUUUCACACUCUCUUACCGUCGCUCGGCACACGCGGAACUCGCUCCCGAGUCGAGCACGCGUCAAGUCGUUGUUUUCAUCUCGUAUAUUAUAUUAUACUCUACGGUUCUCAUAAUAUUAUAUAGUAUCGUUGUACGUUAAAUAUUAAAAUUUAAAUAAUAAUAAUAAUAACAGACUGCACGAGGGUUACCUCGUUAUACCUUCUAUAGGUGCAUAAUAUUGUACCUGUGUACUUAUAUAGAAAAUAAUAUAUAAUUUUUCUCAGCUCGCGAGCUCCGGUCGUAACACCAUACGUCGUCAUCGUAUAUAAAUAAACGUAUUUUGUAAUUUUUAUAAUAGGUAUUAUUAUAUAAGUCGUAUACCUACUCGCAAAAAUAAUAGAUAUUUUAAUAUACGAUAUACAUUUUUUUAUCGUUCUCGUUUUUUUUUUUCUUUUUUUCUAUUUACCGUUUCUACACAUCCGUUAAUACAAAUAUCAAAUAUAAUAAACGGCCGAACAACAAUAAUUAUUAUUGUUACGCUCGGCGCAUGUGACUCGCACGCUUGCACCGGUUCGCGCGCCGCAAGCACGACCACACCAGUAUACCGGCGCUACCGUAUACCACUACACGACCGCUACCGUACGAUACACUCGCGCGUACCACGGCGGCAGUCGUAGCCUAUUGCCUUGCCCGUCGCAUUACGCCACUGGUGGGUGCGUGUGUGUGCGUGUGUGUGCGUGCCCGUUGUCACUCGAACCGGCGACGGUUGUUCCUGCGCGUUUUUCGCGAAACCUCAACACGACACGCCGCCACCGCCGCCGACACUCGGGGCGCCCGGGGUGUGCCCGCGCAAAAUUUCGAACCCUCCGAAUAGCCGGGUCUUACAAGUGUUUGACCAAUCGGACGGCACCUUGGAGACUGCAGCAGCUUGAUAUCGAUGAACCGCGGGGGCCAGCCCCAAUCACCGGAACAGCCAAGUCAUACCGCAGCAGCCGUGGACAGCAUGAAGAACGAAGAGCCGACCAUACAGAGUCAUCACCAACAGCGGAACAUGUUGGCCGAGGCGAUAGCGUCUCUGCCGCCCGUGCCUCAGAACUUGUCAGCCAUCGCCCUGUUUCAUCAGCUGCCCAUACUGUACCAGCAGCACUACCAGCACAUGUUGCAUUCCCGCAUCCUGCCCUACUUACAGGAAUCGCUGAGGUUGCAGAGUUCCGUCAACUUUGUGGAUAAGCCACAGAUGCCGACGGUGCCGGCUAUCAGUCUGUUCGACCAACCCUCCGAACAGAACGCGGCGGCCGCCGCGGCCGUCGCUGCCGCUGACAUGGCGGCGGUCGGAUGCAACGAGAAACCGCCUUACUCGUACAUAGCGCUCAUCGCCAUGGCCAUAACUUCCACUCCCAACCAGCGGAUGACGCUCAGCGAGAUAUACAACUACAUUACGGACAAGUUCCCGUACUACCGGCGCAACAGACAGGGCUGGCAGAACUCGAUCAGGCACAACCUGAGCCUGAACGAUUGUUUCAUCAAGAUCCCGAGGGGCCGGACCGGCAUGGACGACAACAUGGGCGGCGGCAAGGGCAGCUACUGGACGCUGGACCCGGUGGCCGCGAACGACAUGUUCGAGCGGGGCAACUACAGGCGGAGGAGGAUGCGCCGGCAUAGGCCGUACCAGCAGCAAAACCACCACCAGACGCAACAGCAACAGCCGCUGACCAGUCCUCACCACCAUCACCACCACCACUUCGCGGUGUACCCCGAGUUCCAGUUGACCGGCCGGAACGCCGUGGCCGUGGCCGCCGCGGCCGAGUCGCUGGCGGACAAGCAGCACGCCGUGGCCGCCGUCGCGGACACGGUGUCCUCGCACAACCUGGCGUUCCACAUCGAGAACCUGAUACAGAAGAAGCACCGCGGCGUCGAGAUGUCCCAAGAGGAGAUCGUGUCGUCCAGCGGCGUGCACAACAACAACAACGAUCUGCAGCAGUACUCGGCCGGCGACGACAACCCCCACCUACAGCACCACCACCAACAACAACAACAACACCACCACCGCCAUCAGCAAGCCGUCGAGUCCAAGCCAAAAUUGAUCAUCAUCAACGACGAGGACGACAGCAACAUCAGUGGCGGCAGUGGCGGCAGACGCUGUUAAAGACGCGCCGCGGUCACACGCGCGCAUGAACCGACAUGCGAUCGUCUUAUAUACUUAUCGAUAAGUCAAUAAUAUAAUUGCGGAAUUAUGACGUUAUGUUAUAUAUAUAUAGUAAAAUGUACUUACCAGUACGAGUGGCAUCGUAUUCGCAAACAAGACACGCCAAGACGUGUAGUCACAUGUGCGUGUGCGGUAAUACAGGUAAUACACCAUUACCUAUACCGCUGUAAUCGAGUAAUAUUAGGUAUAUACCUAUUUGCGGGGCGCGUAAAAGAUAUCCGAUGGAAUAUUUUGUGCGCGCGCGCUUAUGUGUAUGUCGUUUUACGACUUGUGUUUUUCGCGGCGCGAUAGAAACGCAGUAUCGCCCGAACGAAAGUAUUAAUUUCAUUUUCGAAAAUAUAAAACAUGUACAUACCUACUACCUACCUACACAUGAAUAUUAUUAUUAUUAUAAUUAAUAUUAUUAUUAUUAUUAUUAUUAUUAUAUCAUUAUUAUUAUAACUACUGUGCUAUGAA